UUGUAGCCCUACCCACGGUCACUGUGUGAUAAACUACAGUCGUCUAUACGGAGUCUUUUUGGUAAAUUGCUCGUAGUAACCUACGUGUGUCAAAGAAGCCAUUACAUUAGAUUUACGGUCAACAAUUGCAAUCCUGUUGUUCCUUGGCUGAAGAAGGUUCAUGGCACACACACAGCAAAACCAAAGGAAGAAAGAGUCUCUGGUCAAGCACACUGGGGGAUGCCAUUGUGGUGCCAUUCGUUUUGAGGUCUUGAGUGACCCUGACAUACAUGUAUUUGAGUGCAACUGCAGCAUUUGUACAAAGAAGCAGAACCUUCAUUUUAUUGUGCCAAAAGCCAACUUCACACUUAUAAAGGGGUCAGACAGCCUUACUACAUACACAUUCAACACACACCAAGCCAAACAUAUGUUCUGUAAAACUUGCGGUGUGCAGAGUUUCUACAUUCCUCGCUCCAACCCAGAUGGCUAUGGUGUAGCACCUCAUUGUCUGGACUCAGGGACAGUGUGCAGCAUGACUGUAGAGAAGUUCAAUGGCGGAGAUUGGGAGGAGAGUAUGCAGAAGCAUCAAACUAUAAAGAACAUGUCAAAGCCUUCUGAAUAGCUGAGACAAAAAAAAAAAACUGUGUCUAAUUAAGUGCUUGAAGAGUCUGAGGACUCUGAGGAAGAUGUAUAAAGUAUCGAAACGUUCCUUUGUGCACCUUAAUUAAAAUCCAGCUUAUAGUACACCUGUGCUGCUCUGAGUUUUUACUUUUAGUGCUUGAAGAGUGUCUGCUGUGAUUUAUUUUGGAGAGGGCAAACAGACUGUUACAUCCACACUAUUCUGCAACACUUUUGUGCCAUUUUCGCCUCUUAGCUACACUACCCGAAACAGAGUGAUUUGAAAUGCAACCGGCCCCCGUUUCAUUUGGAAACUUUGCCUUUGCAUUUGAAUGUUGACAGCAAAAUCUGAAAACACUUGAAAAAUGAUGACUUAGCAAACCAUGUUCCCUUCUUGAUUUGACAUUGUCAGUCUGAUGUUCCUCCU